UUGACCCGGAAGCGCCCCGUGCCCACGUGCGGGAAGACACGGGGCGGAGGGAGCAUGUCGGCGCAGCAGGAACUGAAGAUCAACGCGGCGUUCGCGGCGCGCUACGGGCGCUACCGGCGGCGAGAGGAGCUGCAGCGGCUGCAGGACCGCUAUGGGGAUGCAGGCGAAGGCGACGGGUCGAGUUCUGAGUCUGAGACCAGUUCCGAAGACGAGGAGCUGGACCCCAGAUUGGAUCGUGCUUUUUACAGCACGCUGGCAUUGCUGAAAACCAAAGACCCCCGGAUUUAUCAGAAGGAUGUCACGUUCUACCGUGAGGAAGAUUCUUCUUCGGAAAGCGAAGGCGAGAAGCCGCCCCCCAAGAAGAAAGAAAGGCCCAUGUUUCUGAAGGACUAUGAGAGGAAGGUCAUUCUGGACAAGGCAGGGAAAUAUGAAGAUGAAGAAAACGAUGAAGGAGAACCAGUUAAAAACAGAAAGAGUUACGUAGAAGAGCAGAAGCAGCUUAAGGAGAGCUUCCAAAGGUUUGUGGCUGAUAGUGAUGAAGAUGAUGAUGAAGGUGGAAGCUCGACAUCCUUGCUGCAGAAACGGCCCAAAAGCAAAGAGGAGAAGGAGCACGAGGAAGCAGACUACAUCAGUUGGUUAAAAGGUCAGGAGAAGCCACAAGCAGAGGAAGCGCUCCAGGACCUGGCUCCCCUUAAAGAAUACUGGAACGACCACAACUCGAUGAGGGGGAGGUUCCUGCGAGAUUAUAUCUUGAACAAGCGCUACAAGGAGGCAGAUGAUGGAGGGGAGGAAGAGGAGGAGGAGGAGGAUGGGCUCCCCGGAGCGCAGCUGGCUAUAUCGGAUUCGUCGGAUGAGGGCGAGCUGUUCUUAAAGAAGCAAGAGGAUUUCGAGCGCAAGUACAACUUCCGCUUCGAGGAGCCUGAGGCCCAGUUGAUGAAAACCUAUCCCCGCAACAUUGCAACCUCGGUGCGCCGGAAGGACGAACGCCGUAAAGAGAAACGGCAGGAGACUCAGGAGCGCAAGAAGAAAGAGAAGGCUCAAAAACAGGAGGAGCUCAAGCAGCUGAAGAACCUGAAGCGCCGGGAGAUCCUGGAACGGCUGGGGAAGCUGCGUGAGAUCACCGGCAGUGCAACCAGCACCUUCCAGGAAAUGGACCUCGAAGGGGAUUUUGAUCCCACCCAACAUGACCAGCUGAUGGAGAAAUUAUUUGGGGACGAGUAUUAUGGAGUUGGUGAGGAAGAGAAACCGCAGUUUGAGGCGGAGGAAGGAAUUGACGAUGAGUGGAAUUGGGACAAGUGGACAGGAGGGGAUGGAACUGAAGCAGAAGGUGACCUGGGGCUGCAGGAGGACGAAGAAUACCACCCCCACUGCGAGGAUCCUGACUUUGUGAUGGAUGCCGAUUAUGACCCCACCCAGGAGCCAGGCCCCUCCAGAAAGCAGCGGAGGCUGGAGGUUCCCCUUCUGGGCAAGAAGAAACGCAAGUCACAUUUUGCAGAGGCUGUCAGUCGGGAGAAAAAACCCUUUGACCCUGAGACAAAGACCUUUGAGCAAUACCUAGAUGAAUUCUACCGCCUGGACUAUGAAGACCUGAUAGGGGAACUGCCUUGCCGUUUCAAGUACCGAACUGUGGUCCCCUGCAGCUAUGGACUCUCAACUGAGGAGAUCCUGGCAGCUGAUGACAAGGAACUGAACCGCUGGUGUUCUUUGCGGAAGACCUGUAUGUACAGGUCUGAGAAGGAGGAGCUGCGAGACACGGCCUAUGAGCAGAAAGGCCAGAAUACUUGGAAGAAGAAGCAGGUUCUCAAAUCCCUUCAGUCAGAGGCGGAGGAGCCGGAGAGCGAAAAGAAAACGCCGGGCAAGAAAGGAAAGAAGGGCAGGGACAAGGCCAAGCGCCAGGAGCUGCCUUCUAAAGAGCUGCGGAUGCCCGACACCGAAUGCGAGGAAGAACGGCUCCUGCUUCCCAAGGGAGAUCCCGGACCGAAACCAGCGCCAGCCACAAGCAGCCGGGUGGAGACUGCCACUCCACAGGACCCCUCUCCUGCCGUCCCCAGAGUCCAGAGGCCGAAGAAGAGAAGCAGGAAGGGGGUGGCGCGGGUGCGGGUGGGCCGCUUGGAGUUCAGCCGCCAGCGACUCCAGGCCUACGGCCUCAACGCAAAGCGCCUGCACUUCCGCCAGCUGCUCCGUGAGAAACGGCGGAGGAAGCCUAAGGAGGGCACUCGAGACCAGGCCAAGAAAGCAGCGCAGGCCUGAGCUAUCCUGCUGCAGCUCAUCUUUGGAGCAAAAGUUUCCUUUCCUUGGACAAGCGACCUGUUUGAUGGCUGCAAGCGAUGGCCCUGAAGGUAGCACUUGGUGCCUCUGGGCUUCAGGG